GAGAUCGUCAACGCGUCAGGUCAUGUCGACCAGCUUCACCGCCAAUGCGACCUUCUAAGCAUCUGCGGACUCGCAUUGACUACCGACAUCGCUUGGGUCGUCCGUCCUAGGCACGUUGCUUGCCAUCUCAGUCUACAACGGUGGCGCCCCUGGAGCUCAUUUAGGAGGCCUGGGUGGCCACGUUUGACUACAGCUCCCAUCAACGCCUCGAUUGCCGAUUUCGCGAGCGCAGUGCCUUCCCCCCGGAGGCGUGUAUCACUGGGUGUCCAUCUCUGCGGGGCCGAGAGAGGGCCGCCCACUCGAAUCCUUUGCCGGCUCGUCGAACUACUUUGGAUGGCCCUUUGACCGGACAUCCAUCGCGUACAUCAUGUCCGAGCUUGUCGUCCAGAUGUACGUCCUGUACAACCCGGACCAUGUCAUCAAGGCCUGGAAU